UCCAGCCGCUGAGCUGCACAUCAGAUCAAGGGGCACGCAGGCUAGGAGCCGCCACCAAGCAGCUCACGACAAGUCGACGAGGCCUGUGGGUUCCCACAACCAAUAGCACGUCACACUUACGGCGCAUGCCGCGGGUGCGGGGUGGGUUCCCAUGCUUCCAAUGGUCCCUCUAGCGGCUCCCAAUUCCCAUUCCCAUUCCCAUUCCCUUCGAUCCGUUUCUCGCCGUGUCCCUCCGCGGCCCGUCUCUCCAACUGUCUGCCCGUCACCUGGUCCGGGCUCUGCGGCCAUCAUUCCAUCGUUUUUCCCCACACAUCAGUGUCAUCAAUGGCGGGGUAGCGGCCCCAUCUCCCCGGCCCGGCCGUUAGUGACGCCGCCAGUGCCGCUCCCAUACGACUAUGACACUGGUUCUGCUGCAUCCUCUCGUCCCGGUACACCACGAAGCCACAGCAAUAACGGCAGCCGUCCCAUAACAAUCGAGCUACCUCAGCACCGACGCUUCAGUGCCGCUCCCACCCGUACUCCUCCAGAGCCCCUGUCGGCAAGAGGAGAUCUCCCCGGAGGCUACUUUCCCCUCCACGAAGACCCCAACUCUCGUGUCCACCGCCCUCAUCCGUUCCAAGCCCAUCACGACGCCAGGAUGGCCAGGCAUCAGUCCAUGGGCCUUGUCGCCGACCCGAGGGCUGCGUACGCCGAUCGCCCGACGUCACACCCCGCCCCGGGUUUGUCCAUGGCACAGUCCAACACCCCCGUCGCCUCCUACCUCCCCGCUGGAUUCCACGACAGUCCCCUACCGAUGGGCAAGUACUACCCCUCCAACUACGAACAGCGAAACGCCAGCCAGACAAGUUUGCGCCAAUCAUUCUCGGGUUCUCUGGCCUCAAACUCUACCUCCGACUCUGACGGGACUCUUCGUCAACCCGACCGAUCCCACAUCGCCACCCCCGAAUCAGAGAUUCAACGCAAAUUACAGCAGUAUCAGCGGGACAUGGUUGCACAGGCCAGCAUGGCUGCCAACGAACUCAUCGGUAGCUCCACCAGCUCUGAAGCAAAGCUGGGAACCGGCAGGUCCUUCGGCAGCAUGCGCAUUCGAGAGGCACGCUUCACUGCCCCGGUUCCCCUCAAGCCCAUGUCGCCCAAGCUUCUCCCUCUAGGUAGUCCGGGACCGGUGACACCAAUGACCCUUGAGUCAGGUGGGUGUUACCUGAGCAUCAAGAGAGUGGAGGGUGCACGAGAGGAAAAUUGUGGUGCUACAGGAGGUUUAUGAUUUGUUACUCAUGUCUAAACACACUUAACACCUUGACAAAAAGUCCGCACAUGGCUUUCGAAACAAGGCGGCCAUGCACACGGAGGCCACCUUUGAGCAUGUACUUUUGCGUUUCAUUUCCGGCGUUGAUUGGAUUUGGCUUGUGGGCGGCAGCAUGAUUGUCUCCAGGCUUGGACAGGUUCAGAACAUUCGUGUGCAUAUCG